AUGGAUGACAACAACUUCAUUGAUAUAUCAAUACAGAUAGAUUCUGAAGCUAAUAACACUUUUCAUUUUAAUAUUGUAGAAGUAAAUACUUCUGAAGGAAUUGAGUCAGCACAACAAGACCCUGUAGAUGAACCAGCACCUGAGAACUUUGUCAAAGCAGAAACCUUAGUGGAAUCUGCUGUUCUUAAACAAGAAAGUCUAAUUCAAGAAACUAAAGAUGAAAUUGUACCAAUUGGUCAUAGCAAUUUGAUUUAUGAAACUCAACAACAAGAUAUUCUUGUUAUAGAAUCUGUUCCAAAUAUUGUGGUAAAAUCUGAAAACUCUGCUUCAGAUCAGCAUUCAGUUUUAUGUACAAAAACUUCUGAAUUAAAUAACUUGAUUAUAAAAGAAUUCUCUGAAGUUUCAACUGAAGAAGAAGGACCUUCACAACAUGUUGGACCAUCUGGUGUUAAUUUAAAAUAUACAAUAGAAGAAAACCAAAUUAAAAAUCUUGAAAAUACUUUAAUUGUGAAUAAUACAGAUCAAAAAGAUAUGAACAAAUCCAAAAAUGAAACUGCUGAUGAUGAGUCUGUAAAUAGUGUAAUGGUAAAACCCACCAAACCUGUAGUAAAAAAGGCAGAUGAACCUGUUUGGUGUGAUGUUGGUAUAAUUAAGGGUACUACAUGUAAAGUGAAACAGUUUCACUCUGCAUUCAUCACUGAUGAACAUGAAAGUACUACCUUGGAUAAUUUAACAGACUAUACAAAUAAAUUAAAAAUUAAUCUGGAACCGGGUACAGCCUAUAAAUUCCGUGUAGCUGCCAUAAAUGCUUGUGGCCGUGGAGAAUGGAGUGAUGUAUCCAUAUUUAAAACCUGUACACCAGGUUUUCCAGGCGCUCCAGUUUCUAUUAAAGUUGCAAAAACACCAAAUGGUGCCACUAUAACAUGGGAUGCUCCUAUGAAUUCUGGGAAGAUUUUAGAAUAUUCUGUUUGUAUGGCAAUCAAAAGCCCCAAGGAAGGGACAGUAAACAAUCGAAAAUCAACUACAACAAAUUAUUAUUUUGUUCGGAUAUAUAGUGGACCUGAUAAUACAGCUGUAGCUAGUAAUGAAACACUUGGUGCAGCUCUGAUUGAUAGAACUAAAGCGCCUGCUAUUGUAUUUCGAAUUGCUGCAAAAAAUGCAAAAGGAUAUGGACCAGCUACACAAGUUAGGUGGUUACAACAAAAUGCUGUGUUUGGAUCAAAUAAAGACUUAUUAAUGAGAAGAGAAAGUCUUGAAAAUCUUUUGAUUGGGAUUCCUAAAAAACUUAAAGUUUAA